AUGUAUGAAGCAAAUUAUUCUGAAGUUUCUCAAUUUGUAUUGCUGGGACUUUCUGCCUCUAGACCAGUGAAGCAUUUCCUCAUUGCAUUCUCCACAGUAUUUUAUGUAACAAUUUUUCUGGGAAACCUCCUUGUAGUGCUUACUGUGACAUUUGACCCUCAUUUACAUUCCCCCAUGUACUUUCUUUUAGCCAAUCUCUCAUUUAUUGAUUUCUGUCUCUCUACCUUAACGGUCCCUAAGAUGAUUUUUGACCUGUCUUCUGGGCAGAGAACCAUAUCCUUCCAGGGGUGUGUCACCCAAAUAUUCAUCCUUCAUGUUUUGGGUGGGUCUGAGAUGGUGCUGCUCAUCGCCAUGGCCUUGGACAGGUAUGUAGCCAUAUGUAAGCCCCUGCACUACAUGACCAUCAUGAACCCACGCAUGUGCAUUUUCCUUUUGUCUGCUGCUUGGACCAUAGGCCUCAUUCACUCUGUGGUCCAGUUGGCUUUUGUUGUCCAUUUACCAUUCUGUGGUCCUAAUGAAAUAGAUAGUUUUUACUGUGAUCUUCCUUGGUUUAUCAAACUUGCCUGCAUGGACACGUACAAAAUGGAAUUUAUGGUGACUGCCAACAGUGGGUUCAUUUCCAUGGGAACCUUCUUCCUACUGAUUAUUUCCUACAUCUUCAUCCUGCUUACAGUAUGGAAACGCUCUUCAAGUGGUUUGUCUAAAGCCCUCUCCACUCUGUCAGCUCAUAUCACUGUGGUGAUUUUAUUUUUUGGGCCAUGCAUCUUUGUUUAUGUGUGGCCAUUUCCCACAGUGCCAGUGGAUAAGUUUCUUGCCAUUUUGGAUUUUAUGAUUACACCCAUUCUGAAUCCUGCCAUUUAUACAUUGAGGAACAAGGACAUGAUGAAUUCAAUGAGGAGAUUAAGCAGUCAACUCCUGAUUUUGAGGAAGACUCUUUAA